CUUCUCUGUUCUCAGGGAGGAGAGUGAAAGUGUGCUGACACUCAAGGGCCUGACUCCCACAGGGAUGUUGCCUAGUGGAGUGUUGGCUGGAGGACGGCAGACGCUGCAAAGUGUCCUCAGGUACCAGUAUACAGGCAAUGGCUCCAAGAUCCCAACGACAAAAGCACAAGAAACCCCCAUCAUCAGUGGCUUCCCAGGUCCAGACCCCUAUUCCUCAGACCUUCUCAAAACCAGGUCCUAGCAUUGAUUCUCUUGGCUUCUUCUCCCUGGAGAAUAAUGUUCCUGGUCUAUCCCAGCUGAUCCUUCAAAAGCUGAACAUGAAAAGCUAUGAAGAAUACAAGUUGGUGAUAGAUGGUGGCACCCCAGGUUCAGGCUUUGGAUUCCAGUGCCCUCAAGAAAUGUUCGAGAAGUUGGAGGACACAUUCCGAUUCUGUGCUCACUGCAGAGUACUCCCGAGUGGCCUUUCAGACGCCAAGACCCUGCGACGCUGCACAAGGUGCAGAAACGUUUAUUACUGUGGUCCAGAGUGCCAGAGAUCAGACUGGCCAGCGCACAGGAGAGUGUGUCAAGAGCUGAGCCUUGUAGCUGUGGACCGCCUUGUGGAAUGGCUUCUGGUCAGAGGUGACUUUGUUCUGCCCUCAGGACCUUGGCAAUGUUUGAGUGAAGUUGUCCAGGACUGGGACUCCUGGUUUUCCAUGCGGGGUUUGGAGCUAGAAGCUGCACUAGAUGCUGUGCUGGGGAGUCAGGCUAUGGCUGUGCUGUGGGCCAGUGUCGGUCGGCCACGGCCAGACCCAGAGGUCCUGCAGGGCUCACUGAAGCGAUUGCUGACAGAUGUCCUGUCACGGCCCUUGACACUGGGCCUGGGGCUUCGAACCCUAGGAGUAGAUGUUGGAAAGAGUGGAGGAAGCACUGUGCAUGUAGUUGGUGCUUCCCAUGUUGAGACAUUUCUCACUCGCCCCGGGGACUAUGAUGAACUUGGGUACAUGUUCCCUGGACAUCUUGGCCUCCGUGUGAUCAUGGUGGGUGUGGACGUGGCUGUUGGCUUUUCACAGAGCACCCCAACUUCACCGCUGGAAACUGGCACAGUGCAGCUGACUAGUCACAGGGGCCUCUAUCAUGACUUCUGGGAGGAGCAGGUUGCUACUGGGCAGACAGCCCAUCCAGAUUUGGUGGUGGCAUUCCAUCCAGGUUUUCAUGCUUCCCCAGAUUUAUUAGAGUCUUGGCUGCCCACCCUCCUGCUACUUCGUGAUUAUGAGAUCCCUACCUUGAUUACUGUUUACAGCCGCCAGGAAUUGGCAGCCUCUUUGCAGAUUUUGGUGGACCUGGAUACGCACAUCACUGCCUAUGGAGCUAACCCUUUCGCGUCCCUCAGACCUGAGCAGGUCUACUCCAACCCCAACAAGCAGCCAGUGUACUGCAGUGCCUACUACAUCAUGUUUCGUGGAAGUUCCCACCAGUUGGGGAAGAAGCAGUUGGAAGAGGAAGUGGAUGGUGUGGCUUAAAUACCUGAGCCAGUUCCUAAUGGGGUGACUAGGAAAUGGAGGAGUGGUGAGGAAA